CCCUGAAGGCCAUCGAAGUGGCCUACGUGGAAGCUACCUGCAAUGCCAAUUGUAUCGGCUUAGUGAAGCUUAUGGGAAGGCACUGCGGCUACUUGACCAUGAUGUCGGUGCUGGCUGCGCGCCACGUGGACAUUUGCCUGUUGCCCGAGAUGGAUAUCAAUUUGGACAAG